CUCAUGACUAUCAGCUAUGAUCAUCGUCUAUCUACUCCAUCUCCGCUACUCGCUCUCAUCACCGGCUCUUGCCCGAACACUCCUUCAUGUCCCUCAAGGCUGAGCUCGAAAUCUGGGCCGUUGCCCUCCAGGCCUGCAAGAUGCUCACCAACAACAGCCUCUUCUAGGCCACCCUCAGCGAGCACGAGGCUGCCUUCGAGCAGUUUCCUACUGCCACCGAGCUCGACUGGUAACCUGCCGUCGUGUGAGUCUCUCUCCCUUCACCCUUUAUGUUUUCCCUCCGUGACGCUCGUCGAUCCGCAUCAUAUUACCUCUCUGUCGCGGUCUUCUCGCUCGACGUCCUCUACCUCCCUCAAGACGGCCUCGUUUCACUUGCAAAUGCGCCCCUGCAUAACCCAAUCCUCAGAGGGCGCAGUCAGCCGGGGACGCAUGAUGUGCCCCUCGGAACGGAAGUCCUCCCCAAGCUCAAGGGCAUCAAUGGUCUGACUGGUCCCGACAUGCAAGUCGAGCUCCCGAGCUUUGACAAGAGCCGUUACAACGGUGAGGGAGACCGCGCUCCCUCAGGCACAAUUGUGCGUCCUCCCGUAGACGUUGCGCUCUUCGAAGGAUGGUGCGUAGGCAACGCACCCCACUCCGACGCCCACGACGGACCAAGUUCAGCCCUCAUCAUCUCGCCUCCUACACACUGAGCGUGCCGACCAGUCCACGCUUCUACCGCACAACAGGAUCCGCACGGUCAAGGCCUUACCUACCAGCUGGCCACGGUCUGCACUCCUAGUCCGUAGAACCAUCUGACCAACACAACGCCCAAUGGCUCGAAUAAGCCCACAGGUUCGGUUGUAACACCUAGCCGAGAUCGUAGUGGAACCGUCAUCGCGCGACCGGUAUGGGAACGACCAACCAACACUACACGGCGAGCACAUCGAUCACCACUGAAUGUGCAUACUGCCUCAGCUAUUCCGUCGACAUCGACAUCGGCCGCUCGUACGAAACCUGAGAUGGAGAUAGAAUAUGACGGAGAUGCGGACAUGGACACGAGUCGGGAAGGCAAAGCGCCCUCGCCCUCUCAAGAACAGCAGCAUGCUCCCACAGGUAGCAUACACGCAACUCACUCGUGUCGUGCUAUUGGUAAUGCAUCCAAUGCGGGCCCACCGUGGCUACCCCCGAAGCUCUCAGUUGGCCCGAUAUUGUCUUGCUCGCAUUGUAUAGUGGCGGGAAUCUUGUGCACCUCUGCUAGUAGAGGCCUUGGUUCUGAUCAUGUACACUUUUUCGUAGCAAUGUAUGUGACGAUACAUU